AUGGUUUUAGGGGGUUACCCUGUUCUUGGUGAUCCUAUUUUCAUAUCACUUGAAGAUCAAGAAAUGAGAGAGGUGGAAAAGAAAUUGAUGCUUGCAAGACAACAACUUACUACUAAUCAGAAAACCGGAGCUCAAGCAACAACAUCAUUGUGGAUGGAUAUGUUCAUUGACAAAGGUAGUGAAAUUGAACAUGAAGCAUUUCUUUCUACAUGGUUGUCAAUUUAUGUUUUUCCUCACAAAUUUUGUGUGAAAAAUUGUCUAUUUUCUAUUGCUGUUCAUCUUGCUAGAGGAAAUUCUAUUGCUUUGGCACCAGCUGUUUUGGCCAGCAUAUAUAAAGAUUUAAGUUUGCUUAAGAAAACAAUAGAUGGUUUGUCAAAAUAUCCUGUUAGUGGUGAUAGGUUUCCUUUAGAAGUUACCCUUCCAUCGCCUUUUUACUUGGUACAAAUUUGGGUGUGGGAGAGGUUCAAAAAUUUACAACCACAACCCCUGUCAAUCGACUAUGGAUACCCUUUAUUAUUUAGGUGGCAUAAGGUCAAGGCCUUGAAAAUCAACGAUGUUAAGUUGGCAUUAGACUCCGCUAUCGAUGAUUUUCUUUGGCGUCCAUAUGUUAGAUAUGCUGAUAAGUGUGAAAUGUUUUAUCCGAAUGAUGAAAUUUGGAUACCAUUUAAGAAAGAUUUGGUGGAUGAGCAAAUGCUCUCAUUUUUUAUAUCUUCUAGAGUUUCUGAGCUUGUUGGAUUUGACUCCAUAGAACAGUAUUUGCCGAAUAGAGUUGCUAUGCAAUUUGGAAUGGAUCAAGAUAUUCCAAGUUAUGUGGCUAGAUUCAAUGCGACUAAUGCCAUUGCUUGGGAAAACUACUGCAGGCCUAUAUCUGAUAAAAAAUUGUAUUUUCCGGCAAGACUUUUUGAAGCAGAUGUUACUACACAUUAUGCUAAGUGGUGGAAGCAAUUGAUAUUUGGUCACAGCGAUUUUGUUAAGAAUAUUGUGCGGAAGAAGAGAACUCUACCUUCAAGAAUACGUAGAUCUUUUGUACGAAAAGCUAACACCCGUGGUAAUGAUAUUGGUGUUCCACCUGGCUUUCCUCCCAAUCUUGUCGACUUUCUUACUUUUGAAAAUUCUUGUGAUUCUGGUUCAAAAAAUUCUGUUCAUGAUUGUUCACCAAUGACAAGUCAUAACACUCUUGUUCCUUCCAUAUAUCUUGAAGAUUCUAACCUUGUUUCAAAAGAUAACAUGGAACUUUCAGUAGGAAGUUUGGAGGAAGGUUUUAAAGAUGCAAAUGGGAGCAAGGAAGCUGAUAUGUCUAGUGACAAAAUAUUUUUAUCUGAGACUAACGGAAAAAGUUGUAGCAAUGCCAUCCGAAAAAAUGUCUCUUCAUCUAACAACAUUACCGCUACUCAGCAUGAUGUUCAAUUUCUCUCUGAUAAUGUUACUCAAGUUGAAGCUAAAGAAACGGUUGAAGAAAAAGAAAGAGAAGAAAAUGAUCAUGAAGUUGUGGUUUUGUCAAAAGAGCAAUACUUGAAGAUUCAGGAGGAACUCGCGCGUUUGGCAAGACAACAGGAAGAGAUGUUACCGUUAAUGCAGUUGAGGGAGAAGAAGGAUGAAGAGUUGAGGAAACUCCUCACUAGUGUUCUAAGGAAUCAACCACCACCAUCAUCAUCUUCUUAA